CUGCCGUGCCUGCACACACCUCAACUAGCACCAGGACCAAAACACUUCCACCGCCGGGAAUUGCGAGAUACAACUUUCACUGAACAGGAGUGUAAAGAUUACCAGCAAAACAGAGCCUGGAAGAGACUUUUAGCUGCUCACACCGAACCGAAGACAGCGUUUGUUGGACUUUGGCUCUUUUGAUUCGAGUGAUUUAUUUAUUUUUUUUCAAUUCCACUUCUGGGACACUGUUGACAGAGACGACGAGUUGCCUGAAUUGAUGCAUGUUCUCUGCUGACACUGACUUUUCUUGAUAACCCAGAGACUGUGUUUCUAUAAGCAGCUGGUAAGCUUACUUUUUCCUACGACUUUAUGUCUACAAAGAUGGAACAGCCUUUUUAUCAUGACGACUCUUUUCUGUCGGCUUACGGCCACUCAGAUGCAGCAAUGCACGACUACAAACUGCUAAAGCAGAAUAUGAAUUUGAACUUGACAGAGCCAUAUCGCAACCUGAAAUCCCAGCUGAGAGCCGAGACAGACCUGUACCAAGGGGGUCAGCAAGACGUGGGAUCCCUGAAGCUCGCGUCCCCAGAACUAGAGAGGCUCAUCAUUCAAAACAGUAACGGUGUUAUCACCACCCCCACCCCGGGGCAGUACUUCUACAACCGGGGCAUCACCGAUGAGCAGGAGGGGUUCGCCGAGGGCUUCGUGAAAGCGCUGGACGAGCUCCACAAGAUGAACCAGAUGCCUCCUCCUAACGUGUCCAUCGGAGCCGGUGGAGUUACGACGUGUUCGCCGGCGGCCUCUAGUGUCUUCGGCUCUGCCCUGCAGCCCGAGCCUCCAAUCUACACGACACUGAACGCCUACUGCCCGAACACAAGCCUCUCUUCCGCAUCCAGCUACCCCACGGCCACGAUCAGCUACUUGCCGCCGCACCAGCAGAGCCACCCGCAGACGUCGACGCACGGCACGCACCCCUUCCAGCACACUCUCCCCGGCUCCGGGCUCCAUCCGCAGCGGCUGGUCGCUCUGAAAGAGGAGCCCCAGACCGUACCUGACCUCCUCAGCAGCGACGGCUCGCCCCCGAUGUCUCCCAUCGACCUGGAGACCCAGGAGAGGAUCAAGGCGGAGCGCAAGAGGCUGAGGAACCGGCUAGCCGCCACCAAGUGCAGGAGGCGCAAGCUGGAGCGCAUCGCCCGGCUGGAGGAGAAGGUGAAGGUGCUGAAGAACGACAACGCGGGGCUCUCCAACACGGCGUCGGUGCUGCGGGACCAGGUCGCCCAGCUCAAACAGAAGGUCCUGACACACGUGAGCAGCGGCUGUCAGCUGAUGCUCACAAGCAAGAUGGAGGCGUUUUAGGAAACAGAGACUACUAAAUGACUGAAAAGUAAUAACACUGGAGUUCUGCAUGCGCAGCACUGGAAUCGCUGCUGAUGUGUUGUCAGCAAGGCCGAGAGAUAUGUGUAGGCAACUCUGUUAGGCUACUUAGGGUAAAGAGACUGAUUUGAAAUGGUACUUCCGGAUGCUGGACACCCCUCGCAGGACCAUUCAACCCUAGAAACCUGGGCAGCAUCCAGACUGAGCAGACACUGAGCGACGCACUGGGCGAAGCCCAUAAAGUCAGAUUUACUAAUGGUAAAACAUGGGAAAAAUUAUAGUAUUACUUUGUACUUUUUUUUUUUUUUUAAUAUUGUCAUGCAAUGUUGCAUUCAUUCAAUGUGUAAAUUAUUUCGUUUGUCCGGUUGACCCAGACAAACUGAUGAUGUCCAUGUUUACAGUGUCUUUUUUUUAUUUGUGAUAUGUGUAUAUUUAAGUAAAGUACCUUAAAAUAUGAAAA